AUGACCACGCCGCCGCCGUCGCCGGCCCUCAACGCCAUCUCGGCCGCGCCGGCGCUUCCGCCCGUCCGGGCGUACCCGCCCCGCCCCCGGCCUCGCCGCCUCCACCGCCGUGGUCGUCGUGGCAGCCGGCCCCUAGCGCCGGGCCCGCCUCACUCGCCCCGGGCGUCCCCAUCCAGCAGGUGCCCCAUCCCACCACCACUGGCCCGAUGGCCACCACCACCGGCGCCCCGCCCCGCCCCGCCCAGGCCGGUGCCGGCCACCUCCACCGCGCCGCUUCCCGUCGCCCUCACCUCGGAGGAGAUCGCCGGAGCAAUCCGCGAUCUCACCACUGCUGUCCAGGAGAUCCGCCUCUUCCUGGCCGGUCCCUACGGGCCGCCGCCGCCGGCAGCGCUGCUGCCGUGGCAGCCGACGCUGCUGCUGUCAUCGCCGCCACCCGACAUCGGGCUGCUGCAGUCCCCGCUGCCGCUGUCCACCAUCUCCGGGCCGGGCCCUACCUCGGCGCCGGGGUUCCCUCUUCUCUAG